AUGAUUCGGUCCCGGGCCAAGGCCCGCUUCGAGGAGAUGGUCGCCUCGAUCGAGGAGCGCACCCUCGGCCCAAGGAAGAACCAGGCCCAGCGCCGGCUGGCUGAUCGGCCGACCGCGGCCGCCGGCCGCAAGAAGACCUCGCACGAGGAGAUCUCCGAGGAGGAGUUCAUGCGGAUCCGCUCGCGGCUGGAGAAGAACCAGCGUGCCAAUCAGCGCAAGCGCCAGGCCGGACUCGGGGACGAGUAG